CAUACGGUUGUGUUUUGUCUCAACUCUUAGCUUUUGAGUUUAGAGCGUCCUUCGGGAAGAUUGCGAAAAGAAGUUAAUGAAACUUUCGAACUUUAAAAAGUUUUUUUUAAAGAAAUUCGUAUACGUCACAGUCUGUUAAAACUUAAGGAAAGUGUUUUGUUUCAAUAUAUGAAUGUAUAAAGAGAAUUUAAGUAAAGUUAGAUGCUUUAUGGGACAAAUUAUAAAGUUGAGUGAACUUUUGUACUUUGCUGGCAAAUGGUAAUCCCACAGGUACUAACGUAUCCUUCUGUUGUGGUGAAUUUAAAGCAUAGCAACGCCUAAAACAUGAGCUUUUAUUACUUAAAAAUAUCGUUGGGUAUUUGUAUAGUUAAUAAUGAGGUAAACAAAUAAUGUGCCUGUGUAGUUCUAAAAUUGUGAGUAGUUUUGUGCUAUGGAAGAACUUGAGCGGUGGAGAAACAUGUCGCUGAAAUUAAAAGUAUUUGUAUUUGUUGCCUGCUUCGCACGAAUUUCAUCUUCAGCAGAAAGUAUAGCACAAAUGCAACCACCUAGAUUCACCACGCAACCAUCUUCCUCAAAUAGCAUUGUCAGAGAAAGUACCACAAAGAUAUUACAAUGUUCUGCAAUCGGUAUUCCUCAACCGAUGUACAGGUGGUUAAAAAACGGUAUACCACUUGGAGAUUAUUCAUCGGAGCUCUUUUAUAAAAUUCAGAAUACUCAAAAGGAUGACGCCGGAGCCUACCAGUGUAUAGCAAAGAAUGACGUCGGUGCUAUAUUCAGUGAAAAAAACAACAUUUUUGUUGCAUAUAUGGGAAUGUUCGAAAAUACUGUCGAAUCAGUUGUGACUGUAGAAUCAGGAAAGGCUGCUAUCCUGGACUUUCCACCGAUUGAUUCCGAACCACCUCCGACAGUUGUAUGGCAGGAUGAAAAGGGGGUUAAUGGAGUGCCUAGCUACGACCAAAAAUAUGCUAUCACUGAUAAACAUCAACUUGUUAUUUUGUGCGCUUCUAGGGAAGAUCAAAAAGCGUAUAGAGCUCGUGCGAUCAAUACUCAAUUAGGUAAAGUAGAAAAUAGCCCUUACAUCAGAUUAAACGUAUACGGGGACGACAAUAAAGAAAUUGCCCCAGAAAUUAUUAUAAAACCUCAGGACACUAAAGUGAUUAAAGGUCAAGAAUACACAAACUUAUAUUGCAUAGCCAAUGCUCGGCCUCUGCAUGAACUCGAAACGUUAUGGUUCAAAGACGGCAUAUUGAUCGACUGGGCGGGAAUCACUUACGACUUAAAUGACCAAUGGAAUCGAACAUUAAGUCUGAUAUCCGCCAAUGCCAAGCACACGGGAAAGUACAUGUGCCAAGCCAGGUUGAAAACUGGGGGCUUCACAACCGUCACCGCCGCUGCAAGUGUGACGGUAUUCGAAAAGCCCAUUAUGCUUACAAACCUAAAAACUGAGACAUAUGGAGAAUACGGAAACGCAAUUGUAUUGGAAUGUAACGUACAAGGUACACCUUUACCUGGUAUCACGUGGUAUAAGGACGCCAGGAAAAUUGCGAGCGUUGGCGCAGAUGCUGGCGAAGCAGAUAACGCUGAUGUCGACGAUGGCGGGGGAAGGUAUAGAGUUGAAGUUGAUAGAAGCCUUGUUAUAAACGACCUUAAAAUGGAAGACAUGGGCAUUUACCAAUGUAUCGCAAGUAAUGAAGCCGGAGAGUCAUCCAUUUACACUUGGUUGAAAAUUAAGACGUCUCCACCAGUAAUGCAAAGUGCGCCAUCAAACCUCACCGUUUUGGACGGCAAGGAUGCCACUAUCACCUGCCGGGCUGUAGGAGCCCCGACGCCUAACGUCACUUGGUAUUUCAAUGACUCACUAAUAAUAAAUUUAUCUGGACGGCUGCAAGCCGUGGAAGAAGGCGAUCUGCUAAUAACAAGUACUACCACAGCAGAUAGCGGGAAAUAUACGUGUAAACGUGCUAAUGAAGCGGGCAGUGUUUCGGGAGAGGCUUUCCUUACUGUGUUAGUAAGAACUCAAAUCAUCGCACCCCCCGUAGACACACGCGUUCUGCUCGGCCACACAGCGACGUUGCAGUGCAAAGUAUCGAAUGACCCCAACGUCAAGUAUAAUAUAGACUGGUUCCACAACAAUCAACCAAUGACCGCAGGAUCCCGAGUGUUGGUAUCGGGCGAUGGUGCUUUGCAAGUUCAAGCGGUACGAGCUAGUGACGCGGGUGAAUACAAAUGUAUAGUGACGUCACCGGGGGGAAAUCACACGAGGAGAGCUUUUCUCUCCGUCAUCGAGCUGCCAUUCUCACCUACGAAUGUGAGAGCGGAGAGAUUGGACGCUACGCCGCAACGCGCCGUCAAUGUCUCGUGGACUCCGGGCUUCGAUGGGAACUCACCGGUACAAAAGUUUAUCGUGCAGCGACGGGUUGUACCUGAAUUUGGUCCCACACCAGAUCCUCUUCUGAACUGGAUAACGGAGCCAAUGAAUGUGUCAGCAAAUCAACGUUGGGUUUUACUAACAAGCUUGAAAGCGGCAACAUCUUAUCAGUUCCGAGUGUCGGCCGUGAACACUGUGGGUGAGGGACCUCCGUCCGACCCAACAGAUGUUCUGACAUUGCCACAAGAAGCGCCAUCUGGACCGCCGAUUGGGUUCAUGGGUUCUGCCAGAUCUUCCUCAGAAAUUAUAACACAAUGGCAACCACCGUUAGAGGAACACAGAAAUGGGCACAUCUUAGGUUACGUUAUACGAUACAGGCUAAAGGGUUACGAUAACAGUCCCUGGACGUAUCAAAAUAUAACGAACGAAGCUCAGAGAAAUUAUCUCAUACAAGAUUUGAUCACUUGGAAGGAUUAUAACGUACAGAUCGCUGGGUAUAACGAUAAAGGCGUUGGAAUGUUCUCCGAUAGCUAUACUAUAAAGACAAAGGAAGGCGUGCCAGAAGCAGCACCGGAUAGUGUACGUUGUGAGGCAUUUAAUUCUACAUCAAUAACAGUUUGGUGGACACCGCCUACUCCACAGAAAAUUAAUGGAAUUAAUCAGGGAUACAAAAUUCAAGCCUGGAAAUGGGAUGAUAUACAAAACGACAGUUUAGAAUAUAAACUUGUGAGCGUACCUCCAAAUUUGUUGGAUCCAUUAACUGAGCAGUCUUCCAUUAUGAGUGGUCUCGAAAAGUUCACUGAGUACAAUGUGUCAGUAUUGUGCUUCACCGAACCUGGUGAUGGACCACGAAGCGAGUUUGUUGCUGUGAGGACUAAGGAAGACAUGCCUGAUGAAGUCGUCAACCUUCAGUUCGACGAUAUAUCAGAUAGGGCAGUUCGCGUAUCUUGGUCACCGCCAAGGAAAUCAAAUGGCGUACUUAUUGGCUAUAAAUUAUCAUACCAAGUGAAGGAAAACCCAGACACGUUAAAGGAAGAGAUAUUGCCUCCGAAUGUUACCAGCAUUCAUGUGGAACAUUUGCAGGCGAGUACACAAUACAACUUCUGGGUGAGCGCCAUGACUGGAAUCGGUGAAGGUCCACGCAAGUCGGCCUCCAUACAGUCUGGAGUAGAACCAGUGUUACCAGGUGCUCCAAGGAACCUCGCUCUGUCCAACAUUGAUGCGUUCUCCGUACUCUUACAGUUUACACCUGGAUUUGAUGGAAACUCUUCUAUAGCGCUUUGGACCGUGCAGGCACAAACAGCACGUAACUCGUCCUGGGUGACAAUAUAUGAAGUGAGCGCACCAGAUGCUCAGUCCAUCGUGGUUACUGGCCUAGUACCAUUUACUACAUACCGGCUUCGGAUUAUUGCGACCAACGUUGUUGGGACUUCGCCCCCUUCGGAACCCUGCAAAGAGUUCCAAACAAUACAAGCGCCGCCCCAACAUCCGCCAAGAAAUGUCACCGUUAGAGCUGUCAGUGCCAAUAAUCUUCGAGUGAGAUGGAUCCCUCUGCAACAAAGUGAAUGGUAUGGCAAUCCAAAGGGAUACAACAUUACCUAUAGAAGAAGCGGUACAAGUGAUACAUUGUAUGCAGUUAUUGAGGACCAUACAGCAAAUUCUCACGUGCUUUCAAACUUGGAAGAGUGGUCCCUCUAUGAAAUUCGUAUGACAGCCAUUAACGAGGUCGGAGUUUCUGAGGAGAGUCCUAUUGCUACCGAAAGGACGAGGGAAGCUGUGCCAUCCAGUGGACCAACGGACGUCUCGGGCAAUGCCACGUCGUCGACUACAGUUGUUGUACUAUGGGGUGACAUACCAGUGCAAGAUCAGAAUGGUCUCAUAGAGGGGUAUAAAGUCUGCUACGCGGCUGUAGUCCCUCCACCCCAGAACCAUAAAAAGGUUGAAUGUCAGGCCAUACCAUCAAACCUGACGCAUACAGUUACAUUAACAGAGCUGAGGAAGUAUGUGGUGUACCAUAUACAAGUAUUGGGCUACACUCGUCUUGGUGAUGGAGCGCUUAGUGAUCCACCAGUUACCGUCAGGACGUUUGAGGACACUCCCGGACCACCCUCGAACGUAUCUUUCCCCGAUGUGUCGUUUACAUCUGCCCGAAUUAUAUGGGAUGUUCCUGAAGACCCCAACGGUGAAAUUCUCGCGUAUCAGGUCACAUAUCACUUGAACAUAUCAACGCAACACAUGUUCUCAAGGGAAUUCCUACCCUCGGACAGGACAUUUAGAGCAACGGAACUAUCGUCAGAGCAAUACUACCUAUUUACGGUGCGUGCGCAAACGCGUCUAGGGUGGGGUGCGACUGCACGUGUGCUCGUGCUAACGACGGCCAAUCGCGCUGCGCCUGCGCCACCAGCUCGACCACAUCUCGCUCGCUCUUUACUUCAACCACAUCAGAUCACCUUCUCUUGGACACCGGGCGAUGAUGGAUAUGCGCCGUUGAGAUACUACACAGUCCAGCAAAAAGAAGACGGUGGGACCUGGCAAACUUUACCCGAAAGAGUUGAUCCGUUCGCGACGUCAUAUACAGUGGACGGCCUCAAACCUUACACAGCCUAUCAGUUCAGAAUACGAGCAACCAAUGAUAUUGGCCCAAGUCGAUAUAGCAACGCCACUGAGACUGUUCGAACUUUGCCCGCAGCGCCAAGCAAAGCCGUAGAGAAUCUACGUGUAGUACCCAUAACACCUAGCAGCGUACGCGUUCAGUGGUCACCGCUCCCAGAGUCACAUUGGAGUGGCGAUGCUCGGACCGGAGGGUACCGGGUUCUGUACCAGCCACUCACCGACUUCACUGCCACGCUCCAGAAUACUAUGAAACAGGAGGUGCCUGGUAUUAAGAGCGAAGAAGUGGUUCUAACGGAACUAGCAGUUGACCGUAACUAUGAGAUCAGCGUGUUUGCCGUGAACUCCCAAGGAUUGGGGCCCGCUGGGGUUCCAGCUGUCGUGUGGGUGGGCGAAGCGGUGCCCACUGCACCCCCACAAGAGGUCACGGCUGAACCCGUUUCGCCCACGGAGGUCGGUCUUGUGUGGCGCCCGCCCCUACUUGACCAGCAAAAUGGGGAUUUGCUGGGAUAUAAGAUUUUUUAUCUAAUGACGGAGUCACCCGAGGAACCAGAGCCCGGAAGACGCAUUGAAGAAGAAAUAGAAGUCGUUCCCGCUACUGCCACUUCCCACUCACUCGUGUUCCUUGAUAAGUUUACACAGUAUCGCAUACAGGUCUUAGCAUUUAAUCCAGCUGGCGAUGGGCCGCGUUCACACGCAAUAUUGGUACGAACACAUCAGGGUCUACCGUCAGCGCCUCGAAAUGUCACGUUCAGCGAUAUCACCAUGAACAGUCUAGUAGUGUCGUGGGAAGCACCGCGACGACGAAACGGCCUCAUACAUUCUUAUCUAGUCACUUACGAGACUAUCGAGCAGGAUGAACGUUUUAGCAAGCAAGUAAAACAGAAAGUCUCCGAGCGCCGACUUGCUGUCGGAAGCUUAGAAGAAGAAGUCGAAUAUAAAUUCACCGUCCGAGCAGUGACUAUUGGCGCUGGGGGAGCUGGGGAAUCACGAGUUCGCACUGGCCCGCAGCCCGGGUCUCCGGAGCCCCCACGGGCCCUUGCCUUACGGGCUGACCCCGCAGCUUUACAUCUACGCUGGACCAACGCCCCGUCAGGACGGGGACCUCUUCUUGGAUACUAUAUUGAAGGACGGAAGAAAGCAAAGGAAACUUGGCAAGCAUAUGACACGCGGUGGGAGACAAUAACGCGUACCAGUAACGGAAUGUUGGAAGAAUUCACGAUAUCUUACCAAAGCCUCCUUCCCUCAACAGCCUACUCUUUCCGGGUGAUCGCAUACAAUAUGUAUGGGAUCAGUAACCCUACUUACAGCGAUAAGGUGAUAGUGACGCCUUCGAAGUUGUACCUAGAGUACGGAUACCUGCAGUAUCGGCCUUUCUACCGACGCACUUGGUUUAUGGUUGCACUUGCUGCAGCCUCCAUUAUCAUCAUCAUUAUGGUCAUAGCUAUAUUGUGCGUCAAAAGCAAAAGCUAUAAAUACAAAAGGAAUUAUAUCGGUCUCACAGAGGAAGCGCAGAAAACGCUGGAAGAGUCACUCGCCGGGGAGACGGAGGAACGGGGAUCCCUGGCUUUGGACUUGUACCGGUCGAGAGCUGGAUCCAGCGCUUCGGCUGCCGCCUUGGGAGCCGGGACGCUUCGUCGGAAGCCACCUCCCGCCCCCGCUUUAGCUAAAUCACCUCCCCGACCUUCUCCGGCCUCCGUAGCCUACCACAGCGACGAAGAAAGCCUCCGCGGAUACGACGAGAACCCAGAUGACUCUUCCGUCACCGAGAAACCUUCGGAGAUGAGCUCCUCCGACUCGCAGAACUCGGAAAGCGAAAACGAGAGCGUGAGGUCGGAGCCUCACUCGUUCGUCAAUCACUACGCUAACGUGAACGAUACGUUACGCCAAUCGUGGAAGCGACAACGGCCCGUUCGCAACUACUCCAGUUACACGGACUCGGAGCCCGAGGGCAGCGCAGUGGUAAGCCUGAACGGGGGUCAGAUAGUGAUGAACAAUAUGGCGAGGUCUCGGGCGCCGUUGCCGGGUUUCUCCUCGUUCGUAUGACAGGACGCCGCCGCGGCGCACGUACACGCCAGUGACGCGACGCACGCGCUUCAUAUCUAACACUGCCCAUUCCUUAGAGUUAACGCUGCUUGUUCAUUUCGACUUUAAACUUGAUUAAACGAAUUUAAAUGAUUCGAUACCAGGAUUUAUUGGUUGAAUACCUCCUUAUUAUGAAUAAGAGAACAAUUUCAAUGUCUAAGUGAAAAAGCUCAAGAAAAGCUGAUUCGCCUUUUGAAAUAUUAAUAAAUUAAUAUAAGACUACAAUUCUUUUACAUUACAAAUUGGUAUUUAUUCUAUCUUUAUUUUUUAUUUGAUAUUAUUUAGAUAUAUUAUCGAAAUCUACGUAUAUUAUGUUUUCUUCAUCUGACACUGUGAGACCAAUAGAGACAAUCGAACAAGCAGAGUUAGGCUUAACUGUACAUAUCAAUCAUGAGUAAUGUUCAACUUAUGAAAUAGUUAAUUUAAUGUGUAAGUUAAGGUACCAUUAUGUAAUUUUUUAAAUGUUCCGAGUUGUAGUACAAUUUGUAAAUAUUUUACUCUUAUUUUUGAACCCUAAUGUACUUACUCUAUGUAUUUUUAUAUUUUAGUCUUAUUUUUUACUUUUUUAUCCAUCCAGUUUAUUUUUGUAACAUUUUAUGUGCAGCUUUAUACACCAGUUUUUUACAAUUACGUGUAAUCAAAUAUUCCGAGGCCUUAGCACAAAUCCAUCAAAGUAAUCGAUUAACUUGGUUGAAAGACGGGUGUACUACACCCUCAAAGGCCAACAAUACACCAACAACAUGGGUCUUCAUAGGCUACGGUAACUGCCUAGCUAGCUGUCCCGUCGGCUCGUGGCCUUGACAUAAAAAAAUAGUAUUCGAAACGAUUGUUAUUUACUAUUUGCAUUAACAAUUUGACUGUUUGUGCUAGGGAUAGAGUUCGGAAGCACUUUUAUGUGCACUUUGAUAUAAUAAAUAAGAGAUACGUAAAAUGUAUGAAUUCAAGAAUUAGCAGUGAAUGAAGUUUAUUAUGUUUAGUUUUUACGAUUAUGUUCUAUUAAGAACGUAAUUUUGACUGAUUUAGAAUAUUGCUUCUUGUAAAUAAUCACAGUAGUUCAUAUAAAGUUAUUUGGCACAACCUUAUGAAUAUGAAAAACACUCUAAAAUAUCUUUACAUUAUGAAUGUUAAAGUUAGAUGUUCGAAAAUGUUUGUCUUAUAUAUCAUUAAAUAAUCAAGACUAAAAUAAAUAUUUCAUUUGAAGCAUUAGCCACAUAUGGGCUAUAGACAUUUUCUAUAUAGUUUAAGAAUAGUCUUAACAGUUUUAUAAUAAGGCAGCUUCUCCUCUGUUUUGUAUCGGACUUUUUAUUAAACGUUUAGUGCCAUUACCUACAUUUUAUACAUUUGUGUUAAAAAGUAUUAACACUUAUUUUUAAUUAU